AAACCCGAAUCCAAAAUCAACCAGAGUCCAAUCGAGAACGAAAACAAUACGAAGUACUUUUUUUGCAGUAUUCUUUCAGCAUCAUCAUCAUCAUCAUCAAUUCAUCAUCAGUGCACAAAUCCAGCAAUCAUUCUAACAAAAAUACAGAUCUCUUUGCGCAAUUCAGUCUUCAAUAAUGCCUAUUGGAAAAUUGAUAGAAGUAGACCCACCAAGUCCAGUGAGGUAUUUGAUCGGAGCAAUGGUGAUGAUGAUCGGCGUCGUAUUUCCGCUGGGUUAUAUGAUGUUUCGCAACAAGCGUGUUCCUUCUUCUCCCUCUUUCUCCAAACAGACGUAGGAACAAGGGCUUGAUAUGAGCAAUUUUGAUCUUAGACGAGAUUAUAGAUUUCAUCGGCGUGUCCAUUUGGGUAUGAAGAGUAACAUAAGAAAAAAUGUAAUGUAAUGCACUGACUGAUGCAGAUAGUAGUCAUGUAAAUGUAUGGUCAUAUGGAAUUGAUGAUUCUUGUUAUAUGAGAAAGGGGUUUUGAGUUUUUAUUUUAUGGAAAUGCUCAUUGAACAAUGUGGUAUUGCUUCCUUAUUGUUUUCUUCAGCUUAAUUUUGAUUCAGUUCUAUGGAUUUUGAUGAUUCAUGUUGACUUCAUAUAUGGAAAAUAUAAAAGUUUAUUUGAUAGA